AUGGAUAGUUACAAGGCAAUGUCUACUCCAAUGGGAUCCGAAACUUAUGUUGAUCAAGAUGAAUCAGGUGUUUCGAUUGAUAUCACAAAGUAUCGAGGUAUGAUUGGUUCCUUACUAUAUUUGAUGGCAAGCCGUCCUGAUAUAAUGUUUAGUGUGUGUCUUUGUGUGUGGUUUCAAGUAAAUCCAAAGGAAUCGCAUCUCACCGUUGUUAAAAGGAUUAUGAAGUAUCUCAAGGGAACAACGAAUGUUGGCCUAUGGUAUCCUAAUGGUAGUAUUUGCAAUUUAAUUGGUUAUUCUGACGCAGACUAUGCAGGAUGUAAAACUGAUAGAAAAAGAACUAGUGGAACAUGGCAUAUUCUAGGAAAUGCACUAGUAUCUUGGGCUUGCAAGAAACAAGCUUGCGUUGCUCUUAGUAUGGCUGAAGCGGAAUACAUAGCAGCAGGUAGUUGUUAUGCACAAAUAAUUUGGCUUAAACAACAAUUUUGGGACUACAGACUCGAUCUUGGAUGCAUCCCUCUACGUUGUGACAACACAAGUGCGAUUAACAUUACUAAAAAUACGGUCAGGCAUUCAAGAACCAAACACAUUGAUAUUAGGCAUCAUUUUCUACGUGAUCAUGUGCUUAAAGGCGAUUUCAAAGUUUCUUUCGUAGAUACUCAUAACCAAUUAGCAGACAUCUUCACCAAACCUCUCGCAAAGGAACCUUUUUACAAAAUUCAGCGGGAGCUUGGCAUUUUAGAUGAAUGUGACAUUUAA